ACAUACGACCAUAAUGUUAGAAAUGCUCCUUCCUGAGCUUGGGGGCCUCUCGGACGGGCCCCUGCGGUGCUCCAGGUGGGGUCCUUGGCAGACAGGUGGCGCUGGUUGUUUGGUUCUCUUGGCUCGGCCCGUCGGGAGGAAAAGAAGUUUGUUCUGCUCGGGGUUUUUACGCAGGCGCAGAUCAUGCUGUUUGUCCAGUUUCGCUGGUUGACUUUAUACCUGUGAGGUAAACUGGUAGUUUCGGUUCAGCGGUGGGGAAAGGACGCUGCAGCCAUCGGUUCCGUUCGGUCCAGAGGUGUGGAGGCUUCCCCGUCGUCCUCCUCCUCCUGUCUGCUCCGGUGUGUGACUCAAGGUCCCCGCUGCGGAGCCUCGGGCGGGAUUUCUCCAGGAUUUUAGAGUCGGUGCGCAACAGCGAGGAGGAGGCAGGUGGACGGACAGGACAGGACGGGGGGGAAGAGGAGGAGGAAGAGGAGGAGGAGGAAGAGGAGUCCAGCCGUUCACUCAGGACCCAGCGAGUGGAAAUCAACUGGUUGGUUUAAUCUGGUUCAAUUUUAUUAGUAUGCGGCUGGAGUCCUCCUGCUGCUGAUCGGCAGCCCUGAAGUCUCCUCCAAGCCUGCUAAGUGACUCCUCGCCCCGGGGAGGACGUGGGGAAGGAGGCGGACCGCAGCGGCCGCUGCGAGGGGCAGGUUUCACGGACACACCGCGGACCCGGUCGCCUUCUGGAUCAGGAAGAUGAUGGGCUUUCUGCGCCGGACGUUCAGCCGCCGCUCCCGCUUCCAGACGCGAGAGACGGACGAGCGGGACGGAGGAGGGGUGACAGGGAACCCCCUGCUGCUGCCCCAUCAGCAGCAGGUCGUCCACGCUCCUGCCGUGGUCAGCGGGGGAGCCACGGUCCACAUCCCGGCGGGGGGAGCGGCGAGGAGCACCAUCACCUGCCGCGUCCUGCUGCUGGACGGCACGGAUGUCAGCGUGGAUUUACCUAGCAAAUCCAAAGGCCAGGACCUUUUUGAUCAGAUCAUGUACCACAUAGAUCUGGUUGAGACGGAUUAUUUUGGACUGCAGUUCAUGGACACAGAUCAAGUUUCGCACUGGCUGGAUAUGUCCAAGUUUCUGAAGAAACAGAUUCCCGAAGGGCCGCCUUACCGACUCUUCUUCAGAGUGAAAUUUUACUCUUCAGAGCCAAAUAACCUACGAGAGGAAUUCACACGGUAUCUCUUUGUGCUGCAGCUUCGACAGGACAUUUUGUCUGGCAAAUUAAAAUGUCCGUAUGAUGUGUCAGUGGAGCUGGCAGCAUAUUGUUUACAAAGUGAGCUGGGCGACUGCGACCCCUUGGAGCACUCCCCGGAGCUGGUGUCGGAGUUUCGUUUCACUCCCAAGCAAAGCGAGGCCAUGGAGGCAGACAUCUUCAGCAGUUGGCUGGAUCUCAGGGGACAGAGCCCGUCUCAAGCAGAGAUUUCUUUUCUCAACAAAUGCAAGUGGCUGGAACUUUAUGGCGUAGAUAUGCACUUUGUCAAGGGCAGAGAUGGAGGAGAAUAUGCACUAGGCCUCACCCCGACUGGCAUCUUAGUUUUUGAAGGCUCCAACAAAAUUGGGCUUUUCUUUUGGCCCAAAAUCACCAGGCUGGAUUUCAAAAAGAGUCGCCUGACGUUGAUGGUGGUGGAAGACGAUGAUCAGGGUCGCGAGCAGGAGCACACCUUCAUGUUCCAGCUGGCCAGCGCCAAGACCUGCAAACAGCUGUGGAAGUGUGCAGUGGAGAGCCAUGCCUUCUUCCGCCUGCGCCAGCCGACCGCCGGCAAGGCGAGCCGCAGCGACUUCACGCGGCUCGGCUCCCGCUUCAGAUUCAGUGGAAAGACGGAGUAUCAGGCAACUCAUGGAGGCAGACUGAGGAGAGCCAGCACGUUUGAAAGGAGGCCGAGCAAACGCUACCCCUCCCGCACACAGUCGCUGGGCAAAGUUGCUAUUUCCCCUGCAAAGCCUCUACAUAUCAGCUCGCAUGCCAGCCCCAAUCCCAGUCCACAUGCGCUUCUCCAUGAUCCUCUUCAGUACCAACACAACAUUCCUAUCGGUCACGAGCCUUGGCAUCCGCCCCACACGGCUCUUACGCCCCCGGUGUACCUGCAGCCCUCCGGUCACACGCCGUCUCACAGCUUCCCGCUGAGCAGUUCUGCUUCAGACCAUCAGUACAGCUCAUCAGAGAAUGAAAAUUCGUAUUCUGGCAAGACCCACCAUCGUCACCGCCGCCACACACACAGCCAAGACACACUCUGCCACACACACACCAAGAACAAACGUCGAGCUCCGCCCUGCCCUGCAGAUGGCAUGGACAUCUCUCAGUCGCUGCUCAAAGCUCUGGAGACGGACAGGGAUUCUCCUCCCUGGCCUUCACUGCACAUAAACAUCGACAACAAGGGAGAAGAGAAACAACUAUUGGAAAAGUCUCUGCACCCUCCUGCUUCCCCAGUGAUGCUCCCAGAUCAUCUCAAAUGUAACAUCCUCAAAGCCCAGAUGGAGGCAGCUUUCAGGAAGGAUGCUCCUCCGACACCCAGAGGGAGAAGCUCAAAUGACACCAGCAGUGACAGGUGUCAGAGUUCAUCCCAAGACUCAGCAGCUUCCAGCGUGACAGCUGAGAAGACGCCCCGCAGGCAGGAUCGUAGUUUCACCCCAGACAAGUUGCAGACCAAGGGCAACCCGAGCUCCAACCGGAGGAAACGUCUGGUCCGACAGUUCAGCUUCAACCACGAAGACGAAGAUAAUCUCCCAGAAGCGCUUGCAGCCAUUUCCUCUCAGAGCGCAGGAAAGUCAGGGUCCAGCAGUUCCCUGGACAAACAGAUUCAGCCAUCCAUCUACCCGCAGGUGGAUAAUAUGCCAGCACUGGAGCUGGGUAGUCCAUGUUGUACCUCUCCUUCGCCUUCCCCUCACCUCUCCCCUUCUUACUACCGUAGCUCCAUGCCCCACCUGGCCCCUUACCUCACUGCCCAUAACAACAGCGGAGAGGAAAUUAAACUGGACCGAGAGAAGAUCCUGAGAGCCCUGCUGAUGACAGAACUUUGAGAUUUUUUAUUUUUUACCAACAAACCUUGUGACUAGAAACUCAAAGGUGUCAGACAUUAGUCGCUAUUUGUACAUUUGCAAGAAAAUAUAACAGAUUUUUAAAUAUAUUUGCAUAACUGUAAAUUGUUAUAUUUGCUUACCUGUUUUAGAACAAUGUUUUGGUUAUAUCUAUUGGACUAUAUAUGGACUCCUUCAUCACAAACUACAUAUCUGCUGGUGCUGCCUGCACGAGACAUUUAUUUUUCUUUCUGUGAUUAUAUUGUUUGUUUUGGGGUAAUGUCUAGGUUUUUAUGUUUAUUUAAUCAUCUCUGAGCCCGCGCUAAAGCUUUAAACAAUUGUUGAAGCACUGAUCUCCUCAUACAAGUACUGUUAAAGUGAAGCCACGUUCAAAUCAGUCUAUUCCUACUGUAAAUAGACAUUGUAAUUAUUGAGCUUAUGACAAAAGGAGGUCCUGUAAAUGCUUUCUUCUGUACUGUAUUUAUUAUGCGAAAUAUCCACUUUUACAUGCCAAAACAUUUGCAGUAUUUAUGGUUAGAAACUUUUGAAGAGAAUGUGUUUAAAGUGACUCAGAUGUUGAAAAUGUGCAGCAACGUUUGCAGACUGCCCACUAGAAGGAGACAAAUCCGAUGUGUCGCUGCAGCUCUGCUCCUGUUUUUCUGGUUUUCAGGAGGAAGAGGACUCACUGCUAUUUUUUUACAUGCAAUUUCCAUCGCAGCUCAAAUGCAAAUCUGAUCUAAGAGAGCAUGUUCUUGGAAAUAAAGAUAACCUUGUUGCUCCACUA